GAUGGCCGGGAUCUAUCCGCUGAGCACGCCGAGGAGGAGCGGAGGCUGCAGGAGGUCGUGCGCGACCGCGUAUGGCUCAUCUUCCACCACUUCCACGACAACGCGAUGGGCAAGUUCGGGGCGGACGCGCGCACGCUGGACGCCAACGACUUCCACGAAAUCCUGGAGCAGUCGUUCUACGAGGAAGUAGCACGGAUGCUGCCCACCAACUCGGCGUCGCCCACGCAGGCGGAAAUGGAGAUCAGCAGCCAGAUUAGAUACAGGGUCGUCUUCACCCACGACUGCCA